UCCAACCUUCACCUGAAUUUUCCAGCCCUUUCUCUCUCUCUCUCUCUCUCUCUCUCUCUUUCUUAUACGUUUGUACAAGCAAUAUGUAUUGCUAAAAAUACUUAGAUGACUUAUGUUAUAAACUACUAAUUUUACUUUUAUAGCUAUUUAUAUUUAUAUAUGUCAAGUUUGUUUUCUCCUUGACAUGGUCACAAAUGGGAAACUUUUGCACUUGUUUGGCACCGAAAACGCCCGCGAAAAGAAAACAGAGAUCAACCAAGCGGUUGCAAAACCCGGGUCCGGCACCCAAUUCAAGUAACCGGUGGAGCAGGAUCCGAUCAGGGUCUCGUAAAGAUAAGCUUGAUGAUGCUUUGAUACGGGAGCAGGCUCUGGCUGCUGCUAUGUUGUUUCGUCAGCACCAGCAACAAAAUGGUGGUGCUGGUGGGUUGCCGUUUGAUCGGUCAACUUCGUUAAGGUACCCGAAUGGUUCUUCCGGGUCCAAAAAGACCCAGUUGCCUAGGAGCUCCAGUUCUCGUGCCCGGUCUCUUACUGACCCGCUUUUGCAGCCUCAUCAACUUGUUAACCGGGAUGUAAAUCUUCAUAAUCUUGAGACCACCCAUUUCGUCCUAGUCCAUGGAGGUGGCUUUGGUGCUUGGUGCUGGUAUAAAACUAUAGCACUUCUGGAAGAAGGUGGUUUCAAAGUCACUGCCAUAGACUUAACUGGUUCAGGGAUUAAUUCAUUUGAUACAAAUGGCAUUAUCAGUCUCUCUCAAUAUGUGAAGCCACUUACUGAUUUUCUUGAAAAACUUGCUGAUGAGGAAAAGGUGAUCUUGGUGGGUCAUGAUUUUGGUGGUGCAUGUUUAUCAUAUGCAAUGGAGUUGUUUCCUUUUAAAAUCUCAAAGGCUGUUUAUAUUGCUGCAGCAAUGUUGACUAAUGGACAAAGCACUCUCGAUAUGUUCAACCAGAAGACAGGUUCAAAUGAUCUAAUGGGGCAGGCUCAGAUAUUUUUAUAUGCGAAUGGGAAUGAUCGCCCUCCCACUGCUAUUGAUCUGGACAGGUCAUUGUUGAAGGACUUGUUAUUCAACCAAAGCCCUGCAAAGGAUAUUGCCUUAGCCUCUGUGUCAAUGAGACCAAUCCCCUUUGCCCCAGUUUUGGAGAAACUCUCACUUUCUGACCUGAAAUAUGGAUCUGUGCGGCGGUUUUAUGUAGAAACUGCUGAAGAUAAUGCAAUUCCUAUCACACUUCAGGAGAGCAUGAUAAAGUCUAGUCCCCCAGAGCAAGUAUUCCGUCUAAAAGGCGCAGAUCACUCACCUUUUUUCUCAAAGCCUCAAGCCCUUCACAAAUUGUUAGUAGAGAUCUCAAAGAUCCCUGCAACUUGAAAUAUUAGUAGCAAAUGACUUUUGGAAGUCCCUCCCCAGAGUUCAUUGACAUGGCACAGGAAAACCUUACAGGAUGUAAAGUGAUCACUUACAUGCACAUAUCAUCACAAACAGUUUUCUUAGUGCCAAAUUCUGCAAAUUUCUUUAAGAAAAUGAAAUCUGUUCAUAUCUUUUUGUCAGGUCAUUUUUUUGUUCCGAAUGAGAUGAUUAUAAUUAUGUUUUUUUGUUAGUGAAAAGGAAGUUAUAUUUCCAGA